AUGUCAAAAGGAAGCAAAAGCAACACGACUUUGGGAUGUCAUUGCGAGUGCACAAACAGUGUUGAUGAGAAUACAAGAUUGAUUCCUUCUUCUUGUUUUGAUGAAAUUAUGGAAAUUCUUGAAUCGGAAUUGUUGAAGCUCGUUCAUCCAUCCUCAGAUUUGAAAUUAUCAUCCUCAGCUUUAGAGGUAGGAACAAUUACUAAUCUUGUACAAUCUUCAGAAACAAUGAAUACAAUUCGUGAUGAAAUUUGGUGUGUAGGAAUAUUUGGUUCUCACGUUUAUGGAUUGGCUCGAGAAGAUUCUGAUUUGGAUUUAUUUGUCAUUAUUUCUAAUGAUCUCGGAGAUCAAAUUGAAGAGAAACAACACUCAUCCAAUGAAUCACUCGGAAAGAAAGAAGAUUAUACCUAUCAAUUCAGUGCAAGUUUGAGCGUAGGAAAUGUUGCUCCACUGAACAAAAAUAUGGACUUUACAAUUUAUUCCGAGAAAUUAUUUAAAAAGUUAAUGCAAGAAUAUGUGUUGUGUGCCAUGGAAUUUGUAUCGAUUUUGACGAGAGAGGAUCUUUCAAAAUUUGUCUUGUUGUUGAAACAAAAUGUCAACUUGGAGAUUCAAACGCCAAUGUCGUCAAUUUCGAAUCAACAAGAAAAUUAUUUGACUCAAGCCAAACAAUUGCUUCGAAAAAGCAUAUCCUAUGAAACAGAUCAUUCGUUUGUGAAGGCAAAAAACAAAAUAACAAAAGAGCGCAAUAUCGAAAAGGCAAUGAAAGCUUUAUUUCAUGCAUUUAGAACGGUCGUAUUCGGAGUGCAGAUUGCCAAGUUUGGAUUGAUUACAGAUUUUGCCGAGGCAAAUCAUUACCAAUCAGAAAUUCACAAGACCUUCAAUUCAUCAUGCGUACAGAGCUUAUUGUUGAAAUCGGAAGAGAUGGGUGCGUAUGAUAAGGUUUGGGAAAUUUUCAAGAAGGAAUUUAAAUCAAAAUUGAAUCAACUUCAAUCGAUUUUCAGAAAAACAUUAAUGGAUGUCAAAUAA